AUGUCUAGCAUGCAACUAUCAUUCAAGGCAGACCAAUCCGAGGGUAACCGUGAAGCAUGGAAUAGAUCGGAAAUGGAAUCGACAAACCAAACGAGGGAUGAGGCAGCUACUACUACUGCCCAUGCAACCAAGCAAGAAACUUCUGGGUUUCUCCAACAGACGGGAGAGCAAAUGAUGCAUAUGGCUCAAGGUGCUGUAGACACUGUGAAGAACACGCUUGGAUUCAAUGACGACAAGUCGAAUUGAGUUUUACCUUUUUUUUU